CCGAUGAUUAGAUACCUAUCUAUCACACACCGUGCUGCUCUUAUGACUGUACUAUUUCCACUCUCGCUCUAGCACACAGAAGUCCAAUAGAGGGGACGUAAGGAGAUAUUUAUGGACUAUUAAUAAACGACAUUUAACCUCAUUUUUAAAGAUAAUCACCGAAUGAUUGAAACACCGUAGCUUUUUGGAAGUCCGAAGUUUGGCAUUUCGUUAUUGCAGAACGCUUGACUGUCUUUACCGUCGAAAGAAUCGGCGGGUUUUUAAUAUUUUCUUCUGAGAGCGGGCCAAGAAAAUCGGAUUAGAUGGUGCUAAACGGUGAGAUGACGAGUAGUCAGGCUAAACUCGCCGUCGAUGAGGGUGUCGUUGUCAGACGAAAAGCCCCCAAGGUCAUUACCAGGAAUCUGGUCGUCAUCGUUGUCGUCUUGGCACUCCUCACCGUGUCACUUAUAGUAGCUACCGUUGUAAUCGCGUCAGACCGGGAUAACCUUUCUUCAAGAUUACGAUCAUAUACCGGCCACCAAACCUCACCAUGCCCUGAACCGAAGCAAUGUCUCACGCCCUCUUGUGUUAAAGCAGCUGCAUCAUUGAUCGACAACAUGAAGACGGAUGUGGACCCCUGUGAUAACUUCUUCGAGCAUGCGUGCGGAGGAUGGACGGAGAAGAAUAUCAUCCCUGAAUACCGGAGCUCAUUCUCAUCAUUCUCAACGCUGAGGGAGCAACUCCAAGUCACACUCAAAGCUUUAUUCGAGGCAGAGAUACAACCUAGUGAAACGUUAGCAGAGAGGAAAGUGAAAUACUUUUAUUCAGCGUGUAUAGAUACAGAGAGAAUAGAAGAACUCGACGACGCGCCCAUACGCGAUCUCCUUCAUGGUCUCGGUGGAUGGCCGGUCCUCGGAGAUACCUACGGUGGUCGAUGGAAUGAAUCCAACUUCGAUUUCGUCUGGUUGUUGGGAACUCUCGUCAACAAGUAUAGUAACUCCAUGCUCAUCGAGCCGUACGUAGGAGUCGAUGAUAAGAAUGCGUCAAGAUAUGUCCUCCAGAUCGACCAGUCAUCUCUCGGCAUUUCCAGCAGGGAAUAUUUCUUGAACACGGAAAAGUAUCAAAAGGUUCAGGAUGCCUAUCUGAAGCUCAUGGUGACGAUAGCCACGCUACUCGGAGCAGACGCACAAGUAGCCCAGUCAGAUAUGUGGGAUGCAUUCAAUUUCGAGAUAGAACUUGCCAAUUUAACUGUACCUCCCUCAGACAGGAGAGACAGUGAUGCUCUAUAUAAUCCUACAACCCUUACCGGAUUGAUGCAAGACUACCCACAGAUGGAUUGGACAAGAUUCUUUGACAUUGUUUUACCCAACGUGAGCAAACCAUUAGCAGACGAUGAAUUUAUCAACAAUAAAGAGCCAGAGUUCGUCACUGACGUUCUAGCACUCGUCCAAAGGACACCGUUACGAAUCCUGGCCAAUUACAUGAUCUGGAGGAUCACCAAGCUUCGAGUUAUGAACCUCAGCAAACGAUUCCAGGCUCCAAACGACGAGUUUCGCGCCGUCAUGUUCGGCGUGGGAGCAGACGAUGCAAGGUGGCGACUCUGUGUCGACGGCAUCAAUGGCGCCAUGGAUUUCGCCACCGGAAAGAUGUACGUGAAGGAGAAUUUCGCCGGGGAGAGCAAAAACAAUACUCUACGAAUGAUCAAAUAUCUGAAGCGGGCUUUCAAAGAGAUGCUGAAGGAGAAUGAAUGGAUGGAUGACAACACACGAGAGGUCGCGGCAGAGAAGUGCGAUGCUAUGCAAGAGCUUGUCGGAUAUCCGGAUUGGCUUUUUGAUGAAGAAAGGCUGAACGAGGAGUAUGAAGAUCUUGAUUUCAGACUAAACGAUUACUUUGGUAACAUUCUUCGCUACGUCGGCUGGUCGGCUAACGAGAAUCUGAAGAAACUGAGAGAGGAGGUAGAUCGAGAUGGAUGGCUGAUUGGACCCGCAGUAGUUAAUGCAUACUAUCGAUCUAACCAAAUCGUGUUUCCCGCUGCGAUUCUACAGCCGCCAUUUUACCAUUCCGAACUUCCGUGGUAUCUGAAUUUCGGCGGGAUUGGGAUGGUUAUCGGACACGAGAUCACUCACGGCUUCGAUGACAGAGGGAGACGAUAUGACAAGGAUGGAAAUUUAGUUCAGUGGUGGAGUAACAGCUCUAUUGAAGCAUUUAAGGGCAGGGCUGAAUGUAUAGUGGAUCAGUAUUCAGAAUAUGUCAUGCCUGAAAACGAUAUGAAUCUAAAUGGCAAAUUGACGCAAGGAGAAAAUAUAGCAGACAAUGGAGGCCUCAAACAAGCAUUUAGGGCAUAUAAGACAAUAGUAGCAGACACUGGAGAAACACCGCUCACGCUCCCGGGGCUAAACCAGACGCAGGAACAACUAUUUUUCCUCAGCUUUGCACAGGUAUGGUGUAGUUCGUUUCGACCUGAGGGUCUUACGGCAAGAAUAUUAACAGCAUCACAUGCCCCCGGAAGAUACAGAACUAUCGGGCCUGCGCAGAACAUGCCUGAAUUCGCCAAAGUGUUUGGGUGUAAGGACAACGAUUAUAUGGUACCCACUGACACCUGUACGGUAUGGUGAUGACGCAGUCAGGAACGAAGACUACUACUACUACUUCUCAAUCAUUGUCAGGGAAUUAUGACAUCACAAUCAAGCGAGCCUGAUUGAUGACGUAUGAGAUAGGGAAACCAAUCAUCAACGUAUAUGAACAAGCGUAAUCACGGCCCUGUUAUUUCAUAUUUGGUAAAAUAUAAUUUUCAAAAAAAGGCAAAUCAAUGUAAAGGGGUCGCAUUUGGAACUACAAACGAAAGUUUAAUGGAAACUGUAAUAUGUCAUUAUAGCUCAGGAAGUUGUAUACUUACAAGAUGUUAUUGAUAUAGUUAUAAGUAACCCGCAAGUCAGCAUUUCUACAAUGUUAAUGAGCAUGAUAAUAACAGUUAUAAUAAUAAAAAAAUCAGAAUGAUGGUAAUGAAGAUAAUAAUUAUGAUAAUAGUAAAAAUUAUUAUUUAGGAUGAUAAGAAUUAUAGCAGUAAUAGAAAUAGUAUGGUAAAUAUGAUAAUAAUAAUAAAAAUACUAAUGAUAAUGAUGGUAUUAAUAAUAGUAAUAAUGAUAAUAAUAAUGAUAAUAACGACAAUUCUAAGAAUUAUAAUAAUAACAAUUGACAGAAUAUAAUAAAACCAGUAGCAUUAAUGACAACAGUGAUAAUAAUUAUAUGAAUAAUAUUAUAAUUGAUAUUGAUCGGUAUUGGACCCCCUUUUCCUAAAUCCUAGCCCCACCUCUACAGAGUGUAUGUUCACUGAUUAUGUAAGGUAUGUCUUCAAUCGCUUUUUUAAUCGUUCCAAUGAUUGACGAAGAGGGCGUUUUAGAAAAGGGUGAGUUUUUAAACCGCUGCAAAAAUACUGAUUUCAAAAAUAUGAAUAAAAUCUGUAUCAGAGGCUCUUCACUUGUCUUGAAUCAUGCAUUAGGGUCUUAUCAUUUUCAUUUUUUUUAAUGGGAUUUUGUUUUGAACCUCACUUAAGUGUGCACAAUCGUAAGGAAAACAUACAUAUUUUUGUGUUGUUUUAUUUGAUUUGAUUUGACUGAAACAAUGCUCCCCCCUCGGAUAAAAAAAAAACCCCAUUAGUUUAUCAAUAUUGUAUAUAUGCAAGGUCGAGCAACGUGUUUGAUUGUUUUUCAUAUAAUUUUGUGAUUAAAGCUAUUAUACCAAAAUAUGCACUAUGUAAAUUACAAAUAUGAGCAAAUAUGAAUUUAAUGCCGUAUGGAAUACGAUUUUGAUGCUCGAUCGUGAUAUUUUGUCGCAAAUUAAAACUAUUGUUUAGCCCAUUUCCUAUAUUGUAAUCUUUACUUUUUACACCAGAUAUUGUUCAAACAAAAAUUACAUGCCUUGAAAAUCCAAACUUCGUAAAGAUAUAUCAUGUGUGAAAAUCUUGGUUGAUAUACCGAUGAUAUUUUGAAUGAUAUUGAGACGAGAAAGGUACCUGUAUGAUAAUGUUUUUAAAGAAAUAUAAUGAUACACUUUUUUUUGCAGUGCGUGCUCAACUUAAAUAAGUGUUAUAAUUUAAGGAGCAUUUUACGGUUGAAUUUUAUUUGAUAUAUUUUGCUUGAAUUAAAACGUGUAUUGUAUUUUUGGUUAUUAUUAGACUUUCAUUGGUAGAUUUUAGAAAGGCCUAUAAAAGAACUUUAUCAUAUUAGAGAAUUAAUCAAAUUUGUAUCACCAAUGCUGCUUUUAUUAUCAGGAUAAUAUAGGCCAUUGAAGCACUGUGUAUCACCAUGGUUACAAGAUAAUAUUCAAAUCUAUUUACCACUCAUAUUCAUGACUUGGUUGCACCAUAGAGAAGGAAAACGUUCAUAGUGUACACCUAUAGCAAAUUUGUGAUAGAUUUGUUUGUCUUUUGAAUUUUACAUACAUAUUUAUUGUAUCGCUUGGUAUAGUGAUUUCAAUGUAGCACCUUCUGCUGUUUUUGUGGUAUUAUUUAAUUUACGAUUUAAAUGGAAUCUAUUCUGUAUUUCAGCUGAGCACAAGCAUAUUAACAGGUAAAGGUUUUUAAUCAUUUUAGUUUUAUCUAGCCUUGCAGUGAAAUACAAAAACUCCUAGUUCUUUCUGUGUGAGAAGUGGAUUCAAAUCUCUAAAAUACUCGUUGUUGUAGUUUCUCCCGCUUUUUUAUGCGACACCUUAUACUCUCCUUACUGUCAGCACCUAGCUCAGCUAACCAUACUAUCUUCAUUGACGUGUGUAAAUUAUGUACUUUCAAGUUCAAAUUCAGAGAUGUUUUCAUACACUUGUAUAUUUAUAUCAUUUCUUUUGGUAUUAAUAUUAAUUACAAUUAUAUCGUUAUGUAUUAUUGCCUAGUCGGUGAAAUGUUGUGAUUUGAUACUGAAAAAGAAAUUGAUAUUAUAACCGAUAUGACAAAAAUA